AUGGAAUCACUUCGCCUUUAUCCAGUAGCAUCACUAUUAGUACCUCGUAAACCUACUAAACCAUUGAAUUUAUUAAAAAAUAUCAUAUUACCAAAAGAAGUAACAGUUACAGUAAAUUUCUGGCAAAUUCAAAGAAAUCCGGAUAUUUGGGAUGAUGCUGAUAAAUUUAUACCUGAAAGAUUUAUAAAUCCUGCUAAAGAGUUAAGAAAUAGUUGGAUUCCAUUUUCCAUUGGACCUAGAAAUUGUCUUGGCCAAAAUUUUUCGAUGAUGGAACAAAAAGUUGUUAUUGCGUUAACAC